AUGGCUGAACGUGUCGCUCAAAUUGCGUCUCAUAUUACUUACCCAAGAGGUCUUCUGGCGGGACAAACUGCAAUAAUCACGGGAAGUGGACAGGGCAUUGGUGCUGAAGCAGCGCGCCUGUUCGCUCAGGAGGGUGCCAAAGUGGUUGUUUGCGACGUUGAUUCAGACAAAGCACAAAGCGUGGUGAAUGGGAUCACUAGCUCUGGAGGCCAGGCACUAGCAGUCUCUGGUGAUAUAACAGAUCGAGACUACAUCAACCAGCUCGUGAAGCGCGCGGCCGAGUUUGGAGGAGGAGAGAUCCAUAUUAUCGUCAAUAAUGCUGGUUACACAUGGGAUGGUGUAGUGCAUAAGAUGACUGAUAAGCAAUGGGCUGCGAUGGCGAAUAUCCACGGCACUGCUCCUUUUCAGCUAAUUCGCGCCGCAGCCCCUUACUUCCGCGUCAAGGAUGGAAAGCAGCGAAACAUCAUCGGCAUAUCUUCAACUUCAGGUCUUCAUGGAAACGUCGGUCAAUCUAAUUACGCCUUCUUUAAAGCUGGUGUGUCUGGACUAAUGAAGACGGUUGCAAAGGAAUGGGGACCGGCGUUCAAUGUCCGAGCUAACACAGUGGCAUUUGGGUAUAUUGAGACGCGCCUAACGCAGGCGAAAGAAGCAGGGACCUUUAUUACAGGACCGGACGGGGAAAAGAUCCAGCUCGGCGUUCCUGGCCGCGAUAGCAAAUCCUCCUUCGAGGACAUUCCACUUCGCAGGCCAGGUUCGGCACAAGACGCCGCCAAGGUUAUCCUGGCUGUGUGCAGUCCCCUUUUCUCCUACGUCACAGGCCAGGUGAUCUCUGUAACUGGAGGCAGGAAUAUGUAAGAGAGGAGGAAGAGCCGAUAUAG